GCUCAUCAUAUCAAACCAUCCAUGGAUUAUUUCCCUCUACCAAGCCUUGUAGCGGCUUUGGCUGCCACUAUUCUACUUGCAACCUUCCUCUACAACCUCUUCCGUAACAAAGAAGUGGGCCCAAAGAUCCCCCAACCAGGACUCGCAUGGCCUAUAAUCGGCCAUUUCCACCUCCUCGCGGGCAAUGAUCGGAUGCCCCACAAAGUAUUGGGCGACUUGGCGGACAAAUACGGGCCCUUGUUCCGAAUGAAGAUGGGCGCACAUCAAGUGUUGGUGGUUAGCGACUCGCAAACCGCCAAAGAGUGCCUCAACGCCAACGAUAGAGCGCUCGCGGGCCGCCCAAAGGCCAUAGCUUCGGAGCACAUAGGCUACAACUACGCCAACUUCGGGCUGGGCUCAAACACUCCCUUCUGGCGCGAAAUCCGCAAGGUGGUGGUUCUUGAGUUGCUGUCCAACCGCCGCGUGGAGGCGCUCAGGCGCUUUCGGGAAUCGGGAGCCAAAACAUUCGUCCAAGACAUCUACCGAACUUGGGCGAGGGACAAGAAUAACGAAUCCAACGUUGUAGAGCUGGACAUGAAGGAGUGGUUUGGGAAAUUAAUCAUAGACUCCAUGUUACACCUGCUUUUCGGGCAUCGGUACGAGGAAGUAGGGGACUGGGUGAAAGCGGUUUUCAGGCGAAACUUUGAACUCCUAGGAAUGUCUCUCAUGGCUGAUUACCUUCCAUGGUUAAGAUGGUUGGACAUUGGAGGAUAUGAGAAGGCCAUUAAGGAGAACACUAAAGAGAUGGACAGGGUAAUGGAAGAUUGGCUUCAAGAACAUAAAAAGAACACAAAUAUGAAACCUCAAGGUGAAGAAGACUUCAUGGGUGCAUUGCUUUCCCAAAUUGGUAGCAACAAAGAUAUUCUGAAUGGUUUUGAUGCUGACACAGUUGUCAAAGCCACUUGCUCGGCUUUAUUGGCAGCAAGCACAGAUACAACUUCAACAACAUUAACAUGGGCACUCUCAUUAAUAUUGAAUAGUGAGAAUGUGUUGGAGAAGAUCCGAAGUGAGCUAGACAAUAAUGUCGGGAGAGAAAGGCAUGUCAAUGAAUCUGACCUAAGCAAUUUGACUUAUCUUCAAGCAGUGGUCAAAGAAACUUUACGUUUAUAUCCUCCAGGUCCCCUCUUAAUGCCACAUGAAUCCGUAGAUGAUUGUGUGAUCAAUGGCUAUCAUGUCGUAAAGGGUACACGGAUAUUGAUAAAUGCUUCAAGGAUUCAUCGUGAUCCAAAAUUUUGGUCAAAUCCUGAUGCUUUUAAACCUGAGAGAUUUUUGAUGGAGUACAAAGAGAUUGAUAUGAGGGGUAAUAAUUUUGACCUAAUUCCAUUUGGUAGUGGAAGGAGAAUUUGCCCUGGGGUGUCUCUAGCACUACAAAGUGUGCAAUUGGGCUUGGCCGCUAUCAUUCAUGGCUUUGAUAUUAAAAAGGCUUCAGAUGAACCAAUUGACAUGACAGAGGCUAAUGGCCUUGCUGUUGGCAAGGCAACUCCACUCCACGUUUUCCUUGCCCCACGCCUACCUUCUCAUCUCUACCUUUGACUUGUUCAAUGGUGGAUGCAAUUUCAAGUUCUUUGAAAUAAAAUAGCAAGUUUUUGACAAGUAGCUUGUAGCUCAUCAAUGGUCUCUUUUCCAAA